UCAAUGUCACGGAUCACGAAGUGUGUAACUUGUGUUAAAAUGGGUGCUGGUAGAGUGCUUUGCGCUUUAAUAUCUUUAGUAAUUGUAUGUGGCUGUAAUUGUGUUUCAAUAAGCAGACAGUUACCAGUCGAAGACUUUCUAUAUCCCUCGCAAUAUCACAACUAUGAAGAGAUUACGAAUUUGUUCAGAGACUUGAACUCAACAUACCCACAUUUAGCCAGGUUACAUUCAAUUGGAAAAUCUAUACAAAACAGGAACCUUUGGGUUUUAGAAAUAAGUGAGAAUGUCCAUAAUCGUAGUUUAGGAGAGCCGAUGUUCAAAUUUGUGGCAAAUAUGCAUGGGGAUGAAACAGUUGGUCGAGAAUUAAUGGUAUUUUUGGCACAAUAUCUGCUAAAAAAUUAUGGGUCAGAUGCUAGGGUGACUAAGCUUGUCAACACAACAGACAUAUUUCUUAUGCCAUCUCUUAAUCCAGAUGGGUAUGAAGCUUCUCAGGAAGGAUUGUGUGAUUCUAAAUCAGGAUUUGAAGGGAGAGUGAAUGCUAAUGGUGCUGACCUGAACAGAGACUUCCCUGACCAAUUUGACAUAGAGAAAAUGCACAGAAAUAUUUUUGAUGGACGUCAGAAUGAGACAGUUGCUGUAAUGACAUGGAUUGUCUCCAAUCCGUUUGUUUUGUCAGGAAAUCUUCAUGGAGGAGCUGUUGUUGCCAGUUAUCCUUUUGAUGAUUCAGGAACAGGGCAAGAAUGCUGUGUAGAAAGUCCUUCUCCAGAUAAUGCCUUGUUUAAACAUCUAGCAACAGUGUAUUCUAGUGCACAUCCAUUAAUGCGAAGUGGAAAUGCAUGCCCACCAGAACAGUUUAAUGGAGGAAUCACCAAUGGUGCACAGUGGUAUGAGGUGCAAGGUGGAAUGCAAGACUUCAACUAUGUUCAUUCAAAUUGCUUUGAAAUUACAUUUGAACUUAGUUGCUGCAAAUUUCCAAAUGCAUCUAUGCUUCCCAUGGAAUGGGCUAACAAUAAGGAGUCUCUUCUCUCAUUCAUAGAAGCUACACAUAUGGGAGUUAAAGGUGUUGUCACUGAUGAAGAUGGAAAUGGGAUAGAAGGAGCACAAGUUGUUGUGGCAGGUAUACAGCACAAUGUCACCACAACUUCACUUGGUGAAUAUUGGCGUCUUCUUCUCCCCGGCAGCUAUAAUCUUGCUGUCACAGCAUGGGGAUAUGAACCAGUAGAACCUGUACCCAUCACUGUGGUACAAGGAAAUACAACUGUAAUUAAUUUUUCUCUCAGAGCUUCACAACCAGGUGAUGGCAGUGAUAUAGAGAUAGUCUCCCCUCUCCCUCAUGAUGACUAUGGGUUUGUAACACCAGCUGAAUUCAAGCACCACAAUUAUCAAGAGCUGGAGGAGCAGCUACAACUACUGGCAUCUAAUUAUCCAAACAUUACCAGGUUGUAUGAUAUUGGAUCAAGUGUUCAGGGCCGAAAGUUGUAUGUCAUGGAGAUCUCUGACAAGCCAGGAACACAUGAACCAGGUGAACCAGAGUUUAAAUAUGUUGCUAACAUGCAUGGCAAUGAAGUAGUAGGACGUGAGCUGCUGUUACUGCUCAUCAAAUAUCUCUGUGAGAAUUAUGGCACUAAUCCACACAUCACGGACAUUGUCAAUUCAGCCAGGAUACAUAUCUUGCCCGCGAUGAAUCCUGAUGGCUAUGAAAGUGCCACUCCAGGAGAUUACAAAAGUUUGGUGGGUCGAUCAAAUUUUCAUGGUGUCGACCUCAAUAGGAAUUUUCCUGACCAAUUUGGAGUUACCCAGCUUAAUAAUAAAGCUGAACCAGAAACAUUGGCUAUUAUGAACUGGACCCGUUCAUACCCAUUUGUUUUAUCAGCAAAUCUUCAUGGUGGAUCUUUGGUUGCCAACAUGCCAUAUGAUGAUAAUCCAGUCCAGACAAGUGGCAAGCCGUACCCAACUCCAGAUGAUGCAGCCUUCAAGAUGCUCGCUGAAACAUAUUCUAAUGCACAUAGGAAAAUGCAUUUUGGAAAACCCUGCCCAAGUGUUUCAAGCGAAGAAUUUUCAGGUGGUAUAGUGAAUGGUGCUGCAUGGUAUGUAGUGUCUGGUGGCAUGCAGGAUUGGAAUUACUUGAAUUCCAACUGCUUUGAGAUUACCCUGGAAGUUGGCUGUUAUAAAUUUCCUCCGGCUAACCAGCUUCCCAGUUUUUGGCUUGACAACAGAGAAGCUCUUCUUGCUUACAUAGAAGCUGUCCAUAAGGGUGUUCAUGGUUUUGUAAGAAGCACUGAAGGUAAUGGACUAUCUAAUGUAACCAUCUCAGUGCAAGGAAUUGAUCAUAAUGUCACUACUGCAGCUAAUGGGGACUUCUGGAGACUUCUGGUUCCAGGAAAAUAUUCUAUCACAGCCUCAGCACAUGCAUAUGAAAGUGAAACCCUGGAAGCAGUUGUGCCAGCUGAUGGUACAGGCAGUGUGAGCCUGAACUUCACACUUCUGAGAGAUAACCCAGAGCUGUGGUCAUCUCGCAAUGACUAUGGCUUGAAAGAGAACCUGAUGUCAGGGAAAUACCUCAGCAGUGCUGAGCUGAGACAAGCGAUGGCAGCCCUUGAGCAACUAAAUCCGUCAGUUGCUGAGCUGCAGGCCAUUAGCAUGGCUGCACACCCAAUAACUUCACUAAAACUUACACAUGAGGCUGGUGCACCUGAGGAAAAUAAAUUCCACAUUGCUUUGUUUGGAGGGCUAUAUGCUUCUCAACCAGUAGGUCGAGAGCUCCUCAUACGAUUAGCUCGUCACUUGAUUGUUGGUUAUAAAAGACAAAAUCCCAGUAUUAUGAACGUCUUAUCCAAAGCAGUUAUUCACAUCUUGCCAGGCAUUGAUCCUUCAUUUGAUAGGAUUACUAAUCCUAUCUGCAAUCCUCCAAACAGUCCUGAAGAAGUAGGAUACCAGUUCCUUAUGCCAAGGAAUGGAACCAGUGAGUUAGCAAAUGCUUUGCAGAUAAUGAUGAAAAAGGAAGAAUUUGAUGUAGCACUUAACAUUGAAGGUGGCGGAAUCUAUGUGAGUCAUCUGACAGCUGGAGUGAAUUCUCAGAUGGAGGCUGUUCUUAGAAUGUUGGCUGAUCGUUACAUUCGAGACCAUCCUAAAAUGUCUCUUUUCCAGCGGAAUAAUUCGUGUGAACAUCAAGGAACCGCACAAGCAAGUGAAGAUAACAUGAAAAUUACAGACAGUAAACUAAUGACUUUAGCAUAUCAGCAGUAUGGUAUUCCAAUGGUGACGGCUCAUGUUAGCUGUUGUAAGUAUACACCAGCAAGUGACUUGGGAUCUCUGUGGAGAGAAAAUCUGAAUUCUUUUAUUGAAUUCUUGGCCGCUGUCCAGCAAGGUGUCCGAGGCUGUGUUGAAGACAUGAAUGGAGAACCUCUUAGAGAUGCUGUUGUUCAGAUAAAAGACUUUGAUAAGCCUUUGAGACUGACAAAGAAUGCUGCUUGCUUCAAAGCGCUGCUUCCUCCUGGUGAUUAUAAACUUGAGGUUUCAUGUCCAAACCAUGCACCUAAGAUUCUGCCUGUAAGGAUACUAAAAAAUCAAUUAAAUGAUGUGAAAGUGAUACUGGAUCAGGCAACAGGACAGAAUGAAGGGUAUCACACCUACACUCAAAUUCAGAAACACCUGUGGCACCUCAACUCUGAUUAUCCCAGUAUCUCGAGACUAUACAGCAUUGGUAAAAGUGUGUACAACAGGAAUAUAUCAGUGCUGGAGCUUGGCUUACAAAAGCGAGACAGUACCAUUACAGGUUAUCCAGCAGUUGUCUAUGUUGGUAACUUGUAUGGUAAUGAACCAGUUACCACAGAAAUGUUGCUGAAUCUUAUACAUCAUCUCUUGUCCAGUUAUAACAAUGAUGAUAGAAUCACCAACUUCUUGAAGACCUUGUCAGUGCAUAUUGUGCUCGACGCAAAUCCUGAUCACUUAGCUUCCUCCAGGCAACAGAACUUACCAGAGGACUGCAACACCACCUCCAGCAGUGCUGUUAAUGGGAAUGGUGUGAAUCUUGAUACUGAUUUUCCUACUGAAGCUAAGAAGGAGCAUCUGCCUCAACCAGAAACACAAGCUUUGAUGGAUCUUCUGGAGCAGACAGCACCAGUACUGACCGUGGCACUUCGUGCUGGAUCACUUCAUGUAGACAUACCAUAUGCUAGUGGCAGAGGUCCCAAAGAGGGCAACGAAUAUGUUACAUCAGAUGAAGAGAUAUAUCGUACUCUUGCCAAAGAAUAUGUUUCACAUCAUCCAACAAUGGGGGAUGGCCAUCCCAAUUGUUCAAGCCACUCACGAGAUGUCUUUGAAAAUGGUGUAAUAAAUGCAGGAAGCUGGAAGGAGCGAAACGGAAGUAUGAUUGAUUACAGCUACAUGAACACCAGCACUUUCCAGUUGGAUGUGUUUGUGGAUUGCUGUGGGUCUCCAGACAAAUCACAUCUGCCAGAACUCUGGAAUGAGCAUAAAGAAAGUUUAUUGGCAAUUAUGGAUGCAGUAACCAAGGGAAUUACAGGUUAUGUGAUUGAUGAUAAGAACCAGCCAAUACCAAAAGCAGAUGUGAGUGUGGAGGGCAGUACCCAUGUAGCAAAGGGAUCACCAACUGGAGCAUACUGGAGGCUUCUUCCUCUAGGCGAUCAUACUGUAACAGUGUCUGCCUCUGGUUACCUUCCAGCCACAAAGCUUGUGCAUGUUACAGACAAGCAUUCAGCUCCCAUCAUGUUCAGGCUUACUAGAGAUGAGACCGUCAUGGGUUUGCCAAGGAUGGUCUUCAUUAUGCUGGCUGGUUGUGUGUGCAUGGCAUUACUUGUAUUAGGGAUCUGCUGCUACACAACAUGUCAAAAGAGAGCAAAUAGGGACAGGAGAGAUUAUUACUUCUCCCCACUCCCACAAAAAUUACUGUUUGAAGGUGACUACAAAGAUGUAGACCCUUUCCAAACAUCACUUACAGGUUCUAGCACACUUACACGACCAUACUAUGAUGAUGAAGACUCAGGCUCAGAGGAAGAUAUAAUCCUAAUUCAUCCGAGUCACCAAGUACGGGAGCCUGCUUCAACAUAGGACUCAGUGUCAAUUUUUAAAGACAAGACAACUAAAUUCCUGUGGUUUAGCCCCUAAUGGAUGUCUCAUGAUAGUCUUCCAAUGAAGAUACUCAAGACUUUCAGGUAUCAACAUUGCAUUUGAGUACUAGAAACUGUGAUUACUUUUAUAAGCUUUACUUGAUAUCACGUAGUAAAUAGAAGUGUUUUCACGCUUAUAGUAUUAAACCCAAUUAAAGCAGCAGUAAAACAUCACUUAAAUUCACAGCACCAGUUACAUAGUUCCCCUUGUAUAUGAUGUGCGCUUCUGGAUUCAUGCUUGAAACUGCUCUGUGGUGGUAAAGGUAAAAAUUUAUGCCAGAGAGCCGGAAAGAUAAGUGUUUCAUACCUGCAGCUUUCAUAUCAAGGAGGAUAAUCAUUUUAUCUUAGAUAAAAAUACUGUGCGAGUUUUCUUUGCAUAAGUUUUACAGGGUCUUUAGAGACUCACCAAAAGGUUAAACAUUUUAUACACUGUGUUGUAAUAAAUUUUCAUAUUGUCAUUUAAUAUUACUGUGUAUACAUUUGGUUAAAUGAAGUACGCAGAAUGGAUAUAUCAAAAAAUGAAAAGUGCUUGCGAAUUGGUGCUGUUCUAAUUGCCUUUUAUGAGAAGUACACAUAAUGACUAGUUUAUUUGUACAAUUUUAACUUUACACUAAAAGUGUUUAAAAUGUUGGGGACAUUGUUUUUAUUGAACAGCAAAAUAUUUUGUAAUACCUUCCUCUGUGAUUUUCAUGUGAAGUGAAUGUAGAACACAAAUGAGAAAUGGAGCCUCUGGUCAAAUGAGUGAAUUAAAUUGCAGCUAAAGUGGCUGUUGAUAUUCUGUUGCUUCAACUCAUAGACAGUGAAUCUGUUUUGACAGAUAUUGCAGUGAACUUUACAUUUUCCAUGCUGUUGUUUUGUCAACAAGUGAGAUCUAUAUUUACUCUCAUGUACAGCUAUGUAUGGUAAAGGUAAAGUGUCCCUGUGUUUCAUUAAGCAUCACAUCAUGAAAACAUGUAGUGGAGUGGAAGUUACAGUUCCACACAGUCUUAACCUCAGCACUAAAGUAAUGUGAGUGAUCAGUUUCACUUGUCACUUUACCUUCAGAGAAAAAGCCUCUUGUAUGCAUUGUAUAGAAGGUUAAACAGACUCCAAAACCAAUCUGGACUUGGUGGCAAAGACAAAAAUCUGACUGCUGAGAAUCAAACACUGGUUGUCCAGCUGUACAGACCAGGCUAACCUGGAUAUGUGAUAUUCUGACAUCUAAUUUUUACUGACUUUUUGUGAUCUCUUUGUGAGACAUCUUCAGGGGUUUACAUUAAAACAGUUUGUAACUGAAAAUAUAUUCAUUGAUUAUUUCAUAUGCUGAA